GGCCAAAUAUUGUCCUAUCCUAACAAACAACAACAACAACAACAACAACAAAAAAAUUGACCCUUAUGAUUUGUUUUGUGGUCCAGGGUCACAUUUCUUCUGCAGUGAGCUUUACAUGUUGAAUAAAACACUGUGACAUUGCAAUGGUAUUGCAAAACAUAUAUCAGUUAUUUAUGUUCUAAUUUUAACAAAUGGAAAAUUUUCAAAAUAUUUGUAACUGUGUGCAAGACGGCUUUAAAUGUUUGCAUGCAUAAUAUGCUAUAAUAUGUUUAGUAUCAAAGGAUUGCAUCUUGUGAGGUAUUAAAAGAAGGCAGUUUUAUAUCAUAUGAACGGGGAAAUGUAACUUACAGCUGCUUACCAAAUAAGUAUAUAAAUGGUAACAAAAUAUUUGAAUUGGGAUUAUAAUGUUUAUAUUUCGUGAAAGAACAGCUCGUGAUAACAGAACAAGCACAACUAAGUUAGACUAUGUAGCAAAUAUAAUUUACCGGUCAUUACACAAAAAUAGAAUGACGCGACUGGCCAGAAUCAACUGUUCCAUUCAGUCGUGUAAUAAAAUAUUAUAAAAUUACGUAACAAGUUAAAUGUGUAAUACACUCCGCUGUUUUUGAACUUAAUGCACAAAUGACACUUGAGUCAAACCGCCCUGUUGACGUCAUACACGCGUCAAUGUUUUGGGUCCAUGAACGGGGUGGCUAAAAAGUAGCCUGAAUUACUAGAAUAAUUUGAUUUCACUUCUAAUGGCAAUGCGUUGUUUGUAAUGAAUAUGAAUUCUUGCAAAAUAAACUAUCAUUUUGAUUAAAUAUAUGCAGGAUUCGAGUGAAUUUAUUUUUUUGUAACCUAACGAGUAAUUUGAAGCUGGUCACAACGGCGUAGCGGACACGCGCCUGGCGCCAAAUUUCAAGUUUGGAUGGUUGAACUGAAAGCAACGCCGAAGUUCUUUGAGCUUGUUGUCACGGAAAAUACAGCAGUGUGUAGCGUUUUUAUUUUAUUUUACGCAUACGGUGCUGGAUCGAAAUGUACAUAAAGUCUAUAGUACUAGAGGGCUUUAAGUCCUACGCCGAAAGGACGGAGAUUAACGGAUUUGAUCCGUUUUUUAACGCCAUCACUGGACUGAACGGCAGCGGAAAGUCAAAUAUUCUGGACUCCAUCUGCUUUCUGCUGGGGAUUUCUAACCUAUCACAGGUUCGUGCCACUAAUCUCCAAGAUCUGGUGUACAAAAAUGGUCUGGCUGGGAUCACCAAAGCAACUGUGUCCAUCACCUUUGACAACUCCAACAAGAAACAGAGUCCACUUGGGUUUGAGACGCACGAUGAGAUAACCAUAACACGACAGGUGGUCAUAGGUGGGCGCAACAAGUACCUCAUCAACGGUGUGAAUGCAAAUAACCUGCGAGUCCAGGAUCUGUUUUGUUCAGUUGGCUUGAAUGUCAACAACCCUCACUUUCUGAUCAUGCAGGGGAGAAUCACCAAGGUCUUAAACAUGAAGCCUCCUGAGAUUCUGGCCAUGAUUGAGGAGGCGGCAGGUACCAGGAUGUACGAAUGCAAGAAGAUCAGUGCUCAAAAAACUAUUGAGAAGAAAGAUGCCAAGCUGAAAGAGAUUCAGACUAUCCUGGAUGAGGAGAUCACCCCUGCUAUGGAGAAACUGAAAGAGGAACGUGCGUCCUACCUGGAGUACCAGAAGCUCAUGCGUGAGAUCGAGCACUUGAGUCGACUGUAUGUGGCGUACCUGUUUGUGUGCGCUGAGGAGACCAAGCUGAAGUCUACUGAAGACCUGCAGGAGAUGCAGAGCUCAAUUGCACAGCUGCAGGAGAACAUGAAACAGAAUGAGGCCAAAGUGAAGGAACUGAGUGCAGAGAUACAGGAGCUGGAGCGCAGGAGGGACAAGGAGGUUGGGGGGGUGUUAAAGACUCUGGAAGAGACCUUGUCUGAAGCGCAGAGAGUGGACACAAAGGCCCAAAGCGCUCUGGAUCUGAAGAAGCAAAAUCUGAAAGAUGAGAACAAGAAGAGAAAGGAGCUGGUUAAAAACAUGGAGGAGGAUAAGAAGAUGAUGUCAGCUAAAGAAGUGGAGGUUACCAAGGCUUUGGAUCGGCUGAAGGCCGUGCAGGAGGAAGGGCAGAAGGAUGCAGAAGCGCUGGAGGCGGCUCAACAGCAUUUUAAGGCCGUGUCAGCUGGUCUCUCUGCCAAUGAAGAUGGAGCUGAAGCCACACUUAGUGGCCAGAUGAUGACCUGCAAGAAUGACAUGAGUAAAGCUGAGACAGAGGCCAAACAGGCUCAAAUGAAACUGAAACACGCUCAGCAGGAGCUGAAGACUAAGCAGGCUCAAGUCAAGAAGAUGGACAGUGGCUACAAAAAAGACCAGGACACAUUUGAGGCUUUGAAGAAAUGCAUAGAAAAGCUAGAGGCUGAAAUGAAGAAACUCGACUAUGAAGAUGGACGAGAGGAGGGUCUGUUGGAGCAAAAGAGGCAGUGUUCACGAGACGUCAUUCAGCUCAGAGAAGCCUAUGAGUCCCUCAUGGGCCAGUUCCCCAACCUGCGCUUCGAGUAUAUGGACCCAGAGAAAAACUGGGACCGCAGUAAGGUGAAGGGUUUGGUGGCGAAUCUUUUCACUGUGACUGAUGUGUCAAACGCUACAGCUCUGGAGGUGGUUGCUGGUGGUCGACUCUAUAACGUAGUUGUUGACAAUGAGGUUACUGGGAAAAAGCUUUUGGAAAAGGGUGAACUGAAACGCAGAUACACCAUCAUUCCUCUGAACAAAAUCUCAGCACGUACCCUCAAUGACAAUGUAGUGCGCACUGCCAAAAACUUGGUUGGACCAGAUAAUGUGCACACAGCUCUCUCAUUGGUAGGCUAUGAAUCAGAGCUGAGGAAGGCCAUGGAGUAUGUUUUUGGGACUACGCUGGUCUGUGACAGUUUGGACAAUGCUAAAAAAGUUGCCUUUGAAAAAGGCGUGAGCACCAAAACUGUUACGCUUGGAGGAGACGUGUUUGAUCCUCAGGGAACACUGACUGGAGGAGCGCGUGCUCAGACAGCCUCUGUCCUAUCUAAACUCGCUGAGGUGAAGGACAUUCAGGACAGUCUGAGGGCUAAAGAGGCAGAACUCACUGCGGUGGAGUCUGAGCUCAGCAGCCUCAAAGGAACAGCUGAGAAAUAUCGUCAGCUGAAGCAGCAGUUGGACCUGAAGACUGAGGAGGCUCGGAUCCUGGAGACCAAACUUCAGCAGAGCUCCUUCCACAAGCAACAAGAGGAGCUGGAGAACCUGCGCAAGACCAUCGAGGAGUGUGAGGAAACGCUGCAGAAGACAAAGGAGGUUCAGAAGAAGGCAGAAGAGAAGUACAAAGUUCUGGAGAACAAGAUGAAGAACGCAGAGGCAGAGAGAGAGAAAGAACUGAAAGCAGCCCAGCAGAAACUCAACCAGGCCAAGAGCAAAGCAGAUGCCUACAACAAGAGACUGAAAGAGAAACAGCAGGAGGCAGAUGCAGUAGCUCUGGAAUUGGAGGAGCUGAAAAGAGAACAGGCUGGAUAUGAGCAACAGAUUCAGGCUGUAGAUGAAGCUCUCAAAGCCAUACAGGAGCAGAUUGACACCAUGUCCACUGAGGUUUUGGCCAAUAAGGAAGCAGUGCGUGUUGCGCAGGAGCAGCUGUCCCAGCAAAAGGAGGUUAUUCUGGGACAGGAGAGGGAGAUUAAGGGAAAGAGCGGAGAAGCAAACCGCCUGCGAGAGCAAAACAACGAUGCUCAGCUCAAAAUUAAAGAGCUGGAACACAACAUCAGCAAACACAAGAAAGACAGUGCUGAUGCCACAGCCAAGGUGGCCCGCAUGUUAGCUGAAAAUGACUGGAUCUCCUCUGAGAAGCAUCUCUUUGGCCAGCCCAACACUGCCUACGAUUUUAAGACCAACAAUCCCAAAGAGGCUGGACAGAGGUUGAAGAGACUCGAGGAGACUAAAGACAAGCUGGAGAGAAACGUCAACCGCAGGGCCAUGAACAUGCUCAGUGAGGCUGAGGAGAGGUACAAUGAUCUGAAAAAGAAAAAGAGAAUUGUUGAGAAUGAUAAAGCCAAAAUCCUGGAAACAAUUGAAGAAUUGGACCAGAAGAAGAAUGAGGCUCUGAAUGUAGCAUGGCAGAAGGUGAAUAAGGAUUUUGGGUCCAUAUUCUCCACGUUGUUGCCUGGGGCAAAUGCCCGUUUGGCUCCUCCUGAGGGGUGUGGUGUCCUGGAUGGGUUGGAGUUUAAAGUGGCUCUAGGGAACACCUGGAAAGAGAACCUGACAGAGCUCAGCGGGGGUCAAAGGUCUCUGGUGGCACUCUCUUUGAUUUUAGCUAUGCUGUUGUUCAAACCUGCUCCCAUUUACAUCCUGGAUGAAGUGGAUGCUGCACUUGAUCUCUCACACACGCAAAACAUCGGACAGAUGCUGAGGACACACUUUACACACUCACAGUUUGUUGUUGUGUCGCUGAAAGACGGUAUGUUCACCAAUGCAAACGUGCUCUUCAAGACCAAAUUUGUGGACGGCAUCUCCACGGUCACUCGCACGGCUCAAACACAUGAGGGAAAGGUUUUGGCCCAGCGCACACAGGAGAAAGCCAAGGACAAACGCCAGCGACAGAUACUGGCCAGCUAAACACACUUGCUAUAUUGCACAAAUGUUUCAAGCCAGAUAUAUUAAGCUUUUAUUACUUGCAAUUGAGGAAAUGAAAUGGUAUAUUUAAUAUUGUUAGUACUAAAAGCUUUUUUGAUACAUCAGAUUUGUGCAUCUAAUGCUUGUGGAAUUGCUCUGUAAAUCACCUCUUUCCAUUUCCUCUUUUAAAAUGCUGUUGUAUUCACAAUUUUUCUCUACUUUAUUAAUUGACAUUACGCAGUGUAGUUGCUAUGCUACUUUUUAAACCUGUAAGUCUCAUUUUUCUCUCUCUGUACGCUGUAUUUCAUUAUAUUUGUUUGUAGAGUGACUUUUUGUCUUUUCAUACUUUGCAAGCUGGUUUUGUAUAAA